AUAAAAUGGAAUAGUGGGUCCCACAUGUCAUCCUCUGUCUGGUUCGUUUGUCUUCUUCCUCCGAAGGCAGUGGCCGACAACCUGCUCAUCCCCAUCGCUACAGCAGUGGCCGCCGACCGUCUUGACGGCCUCAUCGCGAUCAAUUAAAGAAAAAUUAAGCAGGCCAAGCACAUGAAUGUAAUAGAAAAAUUAAGAAAAAGCGUGUUACUACUACCUAAUAUCUCGUGCAUUUAGGGGUCAAUCCUUUUGUUCUUAAUAGUAGAGGGGUGGCAAAUCUCUGAUUUGGUUUAGGCGACUGGAUUAUACUUUCACGAUGUUUUUUUUCUUAAUACUCCCUCCGACCUCCGUCCUAUUUUAAGUGAAACAAUAAGUUUCCGCGUCUAACUUUAAUCGUCUGUCUUAUUUGAUUUUUUUUAUAAUUAGUAUUUUUUGUUGUUAUGAGAUGAUAAAACAUGAAUAAUACUUUACUCGUGACUUUGUUUUUAAAUUUUUUAAUUUUUUUUAAAUAACACGGACAGUCAAAGUUGGGCGCGGAGAACCAUGGCUACAUUUAAAAUGGGACGGAUGGAGUAAUAGAUUUUGGUGGUGUUUGGUUGAAACCGUCGAAAGCUAGGGAGAAGGCAUGCCUUGGAUUGACUGUGAUGCCCAUACAACGAAUAUAUAUGAUUGAUGUAUGCUUGAAUCAGAACUCCUUGAAAUCAUGGGAUUAUCUGGUUGAAGUACAUCAAUUGUUUCUGUAGCACAAAUUAUCUAUCCAAUUGAAGCACAUCGUGAUGGGUCUUGGAUUAUUGGCUGAAUUGCAUCCUGAUGUAUCAGCAUUUUGGCUUUGUGCCUUUUUAACAGAGGCAAAAAAUGUGAACUAUUUUUGUUGUUAAAAAAGGGUAGUCGCAUCAUUACUCCAGCAAGCAGCAAGAGUAGUAGCACCCUACCAAGCUGGAAUCAAGGCAUCAUCUCACACCGGUAAGCACAACGUUAAACCCGCACGUUAAUUUACCAUAGCAAACUCGUGGGCCAACUCACUUAUAUCCCUAGCUAGGGUUUCUAAAACGUGAGAGGGCUUAGUCCUUGAAGUCUCUAGAUAAAAACUUGUGUUUGGACGCGUAGUACGCAUGUAUGCGUGUUGAGUGGUGCGAGUGUGGUGUGAUGUGUGUUUGGUGUCCUAUAUUGUACUUAGCUUUCUAAACCUGAAAUAUUUGGCAAGUAAACCAUGGCAAUAAACACAAUUGCCACAACUCAUGAAUUGGUUUGAUAAGAGUUGUCAUGUUGUAGCAUUCGAACAUAUGGAUAAAUAUUAUGUGGGAGUAGAACAUCAUUGCUCGAUAGACAAGGUAGUGUGGUGCCUCUUGCACCAUGCUGGUUGGUGUGGCAAAACAUUAUACAUCGUCAACUAAUUGUUUUUAACAACUCUAUUUUAAAAGCUUAAUAAUUUUCCAGUUGGCUCGAUACUUAUCAAGGACUAACACGUUAAUUAGUUUUACUUUGAGUACUAGUUUGUGCAACACUUUAUAAAAUUUUUAGAAGUAAACCAAGAUGUAUAACUCAUGCCCGCAAAAUAUCCUUCUGGCAUGCAGAGCAACAUUCCCUUAAUCUAUAACUCCUAACUAGGACACAAGUUAUGUGAAACAAAUCUAAAAUAGCAUUCAAUAGCGUAAUUGUAGCUAAACUUAGAACAACGUUAUGUUAGCAUCAUUUUAAAAAAAAGCAUAGAUCAAUCGUAACCGUAACAAAUAAACAUAUUUGUGAUUUUUUAAAUGAAAAAGAUACGAUAUAAUUUUUAAAACAUUGAUCAAUUGUAACCGCAACCAGAUAAAUAGAUUUGUAGCCUUUUUAAGAUAAGAAAAGAUAUCAUUAGUUUCUCACCAUCAAAUUUGCGUUACAAGAUAACGUGUAAAAUAAAUAUUUUAGCCAAGGCUCCUUGGAUAAUUAUAGCUACAAAUAAUAUGUAACCUAUUUAGAACAAAGAAACUUGCUAUAAAAACCUGUUACUUGCGCGUAGAAGUUCGUAUCAACUCUCCUCACCCUUUGUGGUUCUUCAUGGCUGCUAUUACCUUGGAAACGGUUGCCGCCUGGCUACAACAACAGAACAGGGAAGGGCAAGCUAGCACUGGAAAUGAAGAAGGGCAAGCAAACAUUGGAAGCAUGGGUAUGUGCAUGGAGGACUCUAGCUCUGAGGUGUCACUAUCCUUGUUGGAGCAACCCCAGGGCAGUCAGGUUGGCGAUGUAUCACAUGCCCCAUGGUCAACUCUCUCUCAAACGUCCUCCAGUCUCUCUCCUUCCACCAUGGGAACAAACGAUGUAAACUACAAUUGGUACAGUGAAGGCGAAGACACCUAUGAUAGUGAUGAUGAAUAUGAUGAGUACGAUAGUGAUGAUGAAUAUGAUGAGUAUGAUAGUGAUGAUGAAUAUGAUGAAGUGAGCAGUGUCAACAACGUCUACACACCCACAUCUGUGCUCUCUCCCACACUUGCAUCAGUUUUGGGGACAAAUAGUGAUGCUAGUGACAAUGACAGUGAUGCGACCAAUAGUGACGCUAGUGCUAGUGCUCCUAUCUCAAAUGUUGUGGUUGGGUGCCGUACAUGUAUUGUGUUCAUUAUGGUACCUAGUCAAACCAAUGUUUGCCCACGGUGUGGCGAUGACAACCUUGUUCACUUCGAUGGGAGUGCAAAUAUCUAAUUUAGCCAUAUGUUAACUGUGUCACUUGAUGUGACUGUGUACUUCACUUGGAAUAUUUCUUACAUUAAAGCUUAUUGUUGUAUUA